AUGCUGAUUGGGUUGAGUCUCGUGGUUUCUCUUUUGUCAAGUUGGCUCGAUGAAUUGGUCGAUUCUUUAGAGGUCUUUGUCUGUAGACAGUUUCCUAUGGAGAUUGGUCAUUGUGGUGUCUCGGCUAUUGGUGGUGGCUAUCCGGCUAUUUCCUUGUAUUGUGCAUUAGAGGAGCUAGUAAAUCCCAUUAGUUUUGAUUUUACAUUCACCUCUAUCCCAUUCCCGCCAUUGCUUUCUUACAAUGCUAUUUCCUACCUGAGAUUGGUACAGAGUUUGGCGAAAAGAAGCAGUGGCAUCGCGAAUGCUUCGUUCACUGAUGAUGAAGACACGACUCAGAUCCCUGGUUCACUGCCUGCCACUAGAGGCCGGAGGGGUUCAUCCACUGGUAAUACAUCUCGUGGUAGAGCUAAAGCCCCAACCAGAGGAAGAGGUCGAGGUAAGGAUGAAGCAAGCCACUCUAGAUUGGUUUUCGCCAGUCUCAAAGGUAACUUUUUGUCAUCACGUUUCAACAGUUUAGGACCUGCUUCAGCUUCCUUCAAAAGUGCUUCCACCAUUGAAGAAGACGAUGUAGAUUCUCCUUCAAGCGACGAAGCAGAGCCUGAAGAUGUUAACAGCAGUCCGGAAAAUGAGAACACUAAAGGCAAAGGACGUAAAAGACAAGCUACUACUAGGAGAGGCAGAGGUAGUAGAGGUUCCGGGGCUUCAAAACGUGAUAGAAAAACGAAAGCUCUUCCUCACUUAAUAGGCUGCUACUCAGUGGCAAAGACGAUUACGAGGACGACAUAG